AUGACUGAGCAGGAAAAAGUUGACCCACAGCUGGAGACCUUUAUUCUAUCCGAAACGCAGAAACAACGCUUUCAGGUUCUUGUUCACGGGUUAACGGACACAUGCUGGGACACAUGUAUGGGACACCCAACUAAUCGUCUAGGUUCUAAAACAGAAGUGUGCAUCAUGAACUGUGUUGAACGAUUUAUUGAUGCCACAACAUUUAUCACAAAACGUCUUAUGAACACAACAAAAUACCGUUCUGAAGCUCCACUUGAAUUCCAAUAA